GCUGGUGCAGAAGUGCUGGGAAGGAGUGGUUGCGAGGGGAGCGUUGGUGAGGGUGGAUUAGAGCGCUGUUGUGUGUAACUGGUGAAAGAACUUGCGUUAGUCGAUUGCCGUGUGUGCUUUGUUGUGUUUUCAGUUUACGUCUUGUCUUAUCAUUAUAAGUAGAACAUGAAUUAUCAGUGAUCCGUUAAAUCCAGCCCCGCGAGUGAUUAGCUUACUGAGGAGUGGAGGUAGAUGCCAGGUUUUGUAUCUUUGUUGUGAAAUAAACCAGCCACCAAGCUGGCUGGCAGUCCAGUUGUGUCGGGGGUCGAUGACCCCCGUACGAUGCUGGACUGGGAAGAGGGGGAUAGAUUUUCUUUCGAGGAUUCUGAUAGGUUCGAAGAGGAUUCACUGUGCAGUUGGAGCAGUGAACCCGAAUCUUUGUGCAACAAUUGGAGAGGAUGGAAGAGACCAACUUUAGGAUCUGGCACUUUUGGAUUGUUGAAGAGGACACCAGAAGAUGCUACUGGAUUCCAAGUGCCGCCAUUAGCUGAACUGUCGGCGAGAUGUGUCGCAGCACACAUACCUUUCGAGCUGGUGGAGCACGUUUUCCCGCCAGUACCCGAACAGCUGCAACUCCGCAUUGCCUUCUGGAGCUUCCCCGACAAUGAGGAGGACAUCCGGCUGUAUUCUUGCUUAGCAAAUGGCAGCGCCGACGAGUUCCAACGUGGCGAGAACCUGUUCAAGAAUCGUGCAGUUAAGGAACCCCUACAGAUAGGUUUUCAUUUGAGUGCGAGUGUGUGCCCACCCCAGAGUGUCGGGCAGGUCCGGGCGCAGUACAAUGUUGCAGUGACGUUUGACCGGAGGCGCAUCACUUCCUGCAACUGCACCUGCUCUUCAACUGCAUACUGGUGUUCGCACAUAGUGGCUGUGUGCCUCCACAGGAUACAUCUGCCCAAUCAAGUGUGCCUGCGGGCUCCUGUGAGUGAGUCAUUGUCACGGCUGCACAGGGACCAACUCCAGAAGUUUGCUCAGUAUCUCAUCAGCGAGCUGCCGCAGCAGAUACUCCCGACUGCGCAAAGGCUGCUGGAUGAGCUGCUGUCGUCACAACCAUCAGCCAUCAACAGUGUUUGUGGAGCUCCUGACCCUACAGCAGGCGCAUCAGCAAAUGACCAGACAUCAUGGUAUCUAGAUGAGAAGACACUUCACGACAACAUCAAGAAGAUUCUCAUAAAAUUUUGUGUGCCAGCUCCAAUAGUAUUCAGUGACGUGAACUACUUGAGCACUACAGCUCCUCCGGCAGCAGCAGAAUGGAGCAGCCUGCUGCGGCCACUCAGAGGUCGCGAGCCCGAGGGGAUGUGGAACCUGCUGUCGAUUGUUCGGGAGAUGUUCAAGAGGAAUGACCGCAAUGCUAUCCCAUUGCUCGAAAUUAUAACUGAGGAGUGUGUUGCAUGUGAACAGAUUCUUGUGUGGUGGUUCAAUACAAAAGUAGCACUCCACAAUGGAAGUUCGGGGCACGGAGGAGGAAAACAUGGCAGUGUGAACAGUAAUAGUCACACAUCGCAGCAUGCAUGUUCUUCACUGUGCGAUGAGAUUGUUAUUCUCUGGAGGUUGGCAGCUCUCAACCCUGGGCUGUCUCCUGAAGAGAGGCAACUGCUUCAUGGACAGUUCUCCGACUGGCAUCUCAAGAUUAUUGAAAAGGUAACAAAGAGCCGUGGUGCUGCACUGGCAGGCCCACAAGGUCUGACAGGAAGUGGGCCAGGGACCCACAACAGAAAUGCCAACAGCUUCCGCAAUGAUGUGGAAAUAUUCUCUGGCUUCAAGCCAGCCAUUGAAGCGUGCUACCUGGAUUGGGAUGAUUACCCUCUGCCUGGCAUCACAUACCAGGGGGGCGUCAGCCUCUUCUACAGGUGUCCCUUCACGUGCUUCAGGCACGCCGGAGACCAGUCUCGCUCUGACCAUGUUGUCAACCAGGUGAACUCCUCACAAGCGGUUUUGAAUUGUGAACAUCCAGCUCAGCCAUCACACCAUCACCACCACCAUCACCAUCGACAUCACAACAACUUGAACCAGUUCCUCCCUGUCCCACAUACACGGCCACACGUGAGCUGCCAUGGGGGCUCUCGCUCUUCCACGUGUCUGACUACUAUAGACUUCCCAUAUCGAGAGCGUAGGCGGCACCACUCUCGUCAUGAUUUUGGUGGCCACAUUCCAAAUGUUGAUAUGGUGGUACGAUUUCAUCGUAUUGUACAUGGACUUGGGUCACCAGCAGAUGGUGAUGACACACGUGAUGGAAACCGUUCAAGUGUUAGUAGUGAAGGUUUCUGUGAAAAUGACCCGGAUGGUGACAUGCUGAUGGACAGCAGUGUGCUAAUGAGACCGGAACUCCGUAUGCCUGCAAUGUGUGGUGUCGGGGAUACAGACUCUCAGGAGGGAGGCAGCAGCGACUCUGCCAGCAGCAUCGGGAGUGGCGUGCAUGCAGCAGUAAGAGGUAUUCCUGUGGCUGGCAAUGAGGCAACUAGUCACAGAAUUUCAUCGCACCUCUUGCAAAGUGGUCACGAUUCAGUGUUUGACCUUCCCGACCUAGAUAUGGCACGUCACGCCACUGUUUCACCUCGCCGCGAUACUGCAGAUGCUGAUUCAGACACUUCUGCGGGUGGUAUUUCGCCCUCCGAAGACAUAGAAGGAUUGCGGAGGCCGUCCAAAGAUGGAUCAUUUUCUUCAUCAAAUUCUGACUCCCAGCAGUCUGGAGACGAGUAUAACCUUUAUUAUUACGAUCCUAAGGCUUUGACUGCUGGAUCGAGUAAUAAUGCAAAUGAAAAUUCCAAGUCUGCAGGGAAGAAUGAUCCUGUGGUACCUGCCUCAGUUUUUGCAAACUUGAGGAAGACUGAGGAUCCCUGGGACAUCCUGUUUGCUAGAGCAGAGGGUCUACAUGCACACGGACACGGGAAAGAAGCCUGCACUCUAGGUGUGCGCCUCGCAGAGGAACUUCUCGCCAACCCUCCGGACCUCAUGAUCGAGUUGCCACCAAUGCCCACAAAAGGGAAGAGAAAGAAGCAACAAAUAAAUCCUGUGUCUCAUCAAAUAAGCUGUCUAGCAUCGGCUACACUAGCUAAGUGUGCCUUCCUGUGCACAGUACUGGCAGAAAAUCUGGAACAUUCCCACCUGGCAUUCAGGGUGGGUUUGUUUGGACUUGAAAUGGCUCGUCCACCGGCAAGCACCAAGCCACUCGAAGUGAAACUAGCAAAUCAGGAGUCAGAAUUAGUAAGUCUCUUGAAGCGCAUCCCUUUAGGAGCUUGGGAACUUAAAAUUAUUCGGGAACGUGCAGAGCAACUAAAAGACGGAACAUUGCGAUCUCGUGGGGAAGCUCUGCUCCCAAUCAUGCUUGCCAGCUAUCUUUUUGAUGUGCUUGUCAUGCCAGGAGGACGGGAAGUGAGGUGUCAGUUGCAGAAUCAGUCACUGCGGUUGCCAACAGAUGAGACUCUGGGUUUUGAGGCUGCAGUUGCUGCUCUUGGCUUGAAAGCUAAUGUGUCGGAGGCUGACCACCCACUCCUCUGUGAGGGAACUCGAAGACAGAGAGGUGACCUUGCAAUUGCACUUCUGGUCCAUUACAAGGAUGAUCCAAACAAGAUUUCCAGAAUAAUGGACAAGCUUUUAGACAGGGAAGUUCAUCAGUUGGUAAAAACUACCAUCCAUGCGUCUUAUUAUUCAAACAAUCCACCUACCAGGAGUCAUUUGAGCAAGGUUUCGGGUCGAAGAAAAGAAGAACAGAGCUCAGCAGAACCUCCUCUAGGGGCAGUAGUCAAUUCUGUUGGGACAUCAUCAGAUGGCUUGCUUCCAGAUGUUGCUCCUGGCUGUUCUGGCAGUCGUCCACACAGUGCAACAAGUGCGGAGUUGGAGCAGGCAAUGUCGGGACUUUGCAUUAGUAGUCCUCCAAACCCCAUGCCACCACCUCGUACAAAGGAGUCGCGGUACAAGGGCAAGCGUGCAUAUCCGUCCGUCCCGAACCAGCCAUCUGAAGCUAGUGCCCACUUUAUGUUCGAACUAGCCAAGACAGUUUUGUUGAAGGCUGGCGGCAACAGCAGCACGUCACUCUUCACGCAGGCUUCCACGUCACAGAAUCAUCAUGGCCCACACCGUGUGUUGCAUAUAUGUGCAUUCCAGCUGGGUCUUUACGCACUUGGACUUCACAACUGUGUGUCGCCAAACUGGCUCAGCCGCACAUACUCUUCACAUGUCUCUUGGAUAACAGGUCAGGCCACAGAGAUUGGAGCACCAGCUAUUUCCUUCCUAAUAGACACGUGGGAAGGCCACCUUACACCACCAGAAGCAGUCAGUAUUGCUGACAGAGCUUCACGCGGUUGUGAUGCCAACAUAGUACGGGCAGCGGCUGAGCUUGCACUGUCCUGUUUGCCCCAUGCACAUGCACUCAACCCAAAUGAAAUACAGCGAGCUAUAUUGCAGUGCAAGGAGCAGAGCGAUCAGAUGCUUGAGCAGUCCUGUCUUACUGUUGAAAAUGCGGCAAAAGGUGGUGGUGUGUAUCCUGAAGUACUGUUUCAGGUUGCAAAGCACUGGUAUGAACUUUACAUGAAGCACUCCCCUGGCACAGGAGACCAGCCUACUGAGGCCGAAGUGCAGCCUGAGCCCCUGCAGUUGGAUCCUAAAGGCCUGGUAGCCCUCGUAGAGGCGCAGCAUGCGGCUGCAGCCACCGCGACGGCAGUUGUUGUGACUACAGCUGUGCCCCCGCCCUACCCGGCUCCACCGCCUCAUCCCGUGACGACUCUGGCUCCACUGCCGUAUGCCGCUGUCGCGCCCUACGGGUUCGUUCACCACCACCGACACAACCACGCCCGCGCCCACACAUUCCACCCACGAGCGGUCGCCUUGCCACCUCCCCCACACUUGCAGAUGUAUCUCGCACAGCCUCCGGCAGCGGCCGCAGCUGCUGCUGCCUUCCAGCAGCACAGAGGAGCUGCUGCCACAGCACCACCUGGAGCUCCAACCCCUCUGCAGUACUAUGGUACUGCUGUAACACUGGCUCCGGCACCAACAACCGCCGGUGCUGUGGGUGUCCGUGUUGCUGUUACGGGCACUCCAGCAGCUCCGCACCACCAUGUAUAUUCGGCUGCCAUUCAGCAGGUAACCAAUGGCGGAGCAGCGGUGAUGGUAGCGAGUGCGCCACAGCACCAGCACCAGCCACAGCCGCUGCCACAUGCGCAGCAGCAACAGCAGCAGCAGGCGCAACACCAGCAACAGGCACAGCACCAACAGCAACAAGCGGCGCAGCCACCUGCCACCCAGGCGCAUGGCGUUCAGGUCCUGCUGGCCGGGGCCCCAACGCCAGCCGCAAUGGCGGUUGCUGCUGCGCCCCAACAGCCGCAGCAGCAGAUGCAGCUGCCACAGCAGCAGCCGGCCAUGAUGCCCGUGCAGCAAGUCGUCAGACCUGCACCGUCCCCACCGCAGCAGCCUCAGCAGGUACACAGGCAACAACAGCAACAGCAGCAGCAGCAGCAGCAGCAGCAACAACAACAACAACAACAACAACAACAACAACAGCAGCAGCAGCAGCAACAGCAGCAGCAGCAGCAACAACAACAACAGCAGCAGCAACAACAGCCUCAACAACAGCCUCAGCAACAACAGUACUCACAGGUGCAGUUGCGCUACCUUUUGGCAGCAUACCGGGUGGGUAUGCUGGCGCUAGAAACACUAGCACGGCGAGUUCACGAUGACCGACCGCAAGCAAAGUAUGCUCGCAACCCUCCGUAUGGUGAGGAUGUCAAGUGGCUGCUUGGUAUUGCCAAGAAACUGGGAACACAAUACUUACACCAGUUUUGUAUAUGUGCCGUGAAUAGUAUUGUCAGUCCAUUUGUACUGCACGAUGUGGCCUUGGAGGCUGCACAUUAUCUUGCUCGUAACAACCCGAGCCUCAUAAUGCAGCAUUUACGUUCUGCACUUACUCCGCUUGUCCAGAAGUGCCAACAGAUGUAUAUUCAAUGCAUGCAUCAGAAACUUUAUCAUCUGACCGCAAGUGACUAUGAAGAUUUUGUUAAUAUUGUUUGCUCUGCAAGAGCUGCAUUCCAGAUUACACCUGAUGGCAAUACUCAGUUUAAAGAGUGGUUGCAGUCAAUACGAAGGUCUAAAUCUUGUAAGAAAGACCUGUGGGCACAGAUCAAUGCUGCAUUGCAAGCCAACAGCAAAUGACAAAGGCCAGACCUAGGUGCCCACUAUUCUUCUAGCAGCAGUCCCAGUAGUGGAAGCCCACAGUGUUCUGCCGUACUGCAGCUUGAGGCGCCCCCUCGGGACAUGUUUCCCUCUGUGAUUUCAAAUGCCACUCUCACUCAGGAUGUAAAUGGUAAUGCUACCAUUAUUACGGGCACUGGUGGUGCUUUGCAUCGAUUCCCUGGUACGGGAAUCACACUCACCGUGGGAGAAGGGUUGGCAGUGCGGUGGGAUAAUGGGCGUUUCUGUGUUACCGAGAAUGGGACACCGAGAGAACGGCAAAUCUUGUGGAAUGAGGAAUGUGGCAGAUAAUUGUGUAAAAGUCUGUACUAGUUGAUUUUCUAGUUGCUCUUUGAACAAAUUUGCCAAUUCUUUGGACAAAUGUGCAGUUCCUUUCCUUUCCUUUCUUGUAAUUUCUUUUUACAAACUGCGAUGUAACUGUGUAGAAAUCAUGUUGAAUGAUUUAGUGAUUAAUUUUUAUCUCUUUUGUAGCUGUGUGUGGAGACAAAAGAUAAAGAGAAAUGUCUGACUUUUUGAAGUCAUUAAGGAAAGCUUUUCAGUAGUGAAGUUUUGUGGUGUCGUGCAUGUAUAUGAUAUAAUACAACCUAAUUUUGUUGAGCUAAGAAAUUAAAAUCAUAUUGUGUUUUUUUUCUUUUUUUCAUUGUGUGUUCUCUCUUCAUUAGACUUAACUGUAAUUUCUACAUUAAGAAUUCAUUUCAGUCUUUGCAUUAGGACACUGUCAAUUAAGAACUCAGUACUUUAGUGAAAAUUACAUUUGAAUUUAUUUCUGGAAUUUGUGUGUUAAUUGAUACCACGUGAGAAUUUCUCAGCCUGACAGAACUGUUUCCUUCUCAUUCUCCAUUCAUUCCUUUUCCUGCUCUUUCCCUUUUCCAUGUGCACUUUCGUGAAAUGUUAUCCCCCCUCCGCCAAGUCUUUGUUGUUCCUGGCAGUUGUGUUCAGACUCAUUCACUCUCAGUAAAUAAUGGGAAGUUCAUAUUUCAUUUGUAAGUGUUCAGCAUUUAGAACAGCUCUAGUUAUCUUCAUUCUGCAUGUCUUUCUCAUGGUAAAUUGUUUGUCAGAUUGCUAUUUCUAAAUGAGUUUCUUAUCCAUUUGUAAUGUGCAUUCUUGUAGUGAGUCAGUCCUACCAAAUUUGUUGUUGAGGGCAGCAGUUUCAUUAGAGUUGAACUAGACAUCUACUCUUGAUAAUUUUAUAAAACUGUAACAGACAUACAAAACAUUGUAUUGCAACACCAAGCAUAGAAAAAGGUACAAAAUGAAAUGAUUGAUAUUUCAACAAUGCAGUUUUCAUUUACGUGCAGCAGUGAAUUAUUCUUUGCAUUUAUUCUUCAUCCUUGUCAUACAAAAAAAAGUAUGUCUGAUGUUCCUAAGUCCAGAAUACAUUACCCAUUUGAGUUAUUGGUGACACAAAUGUCACUGAAGAUUCUUGUGUGUGUGUGUGUGUGUGUGUGUGUGUGUGUGUGUGUGUGUUUUUCCUGAUAUGUCAUAUCAUCUACAGUUCAGAAGUAAAAUUUUACAGGCUGUAAAUCUUGUGCUUGGAUUUAUUGUGAACUGGAGAAUUUUAUUAUUUGCCUGUGAAGAGACAGCAGAGUAUGUUAAAGAUGCAUUGAUAGUUUGCUGGAAGUGAGAAUUCUUUCCUUGUUUAUUCAGUGAAUCCAUGUUUUCCAAGCUCAACUGUGGUUUGCCCCCAAUAGAAAGUUGUUCAUAUGCUGUUUGUAUCCAAAAGGCUUGCAUGAGGCUGGUAGCUGUAUGAAAUGUGUUUCUUUACAAGACAGUUGAAAUACAAUCAGCAUAUAAAUGAGUAAGAGUAUUUUCAGUCUGCAUUAUCAAACUCUGUGCUGGAAUGUAAAUUAAGAUGUAGAAGAUCAUGGAUAAGGCAUUUAUUAACUUAAAAUUGUAGUUCAGCCACCACAUUUAUGUACUCAGGAUAGCUGAAAUGUAGAAUAUAUUCUAGGUCUUACUCCUACUCCUGCGUAAUUAGAGGGCUGGACAAUUUUUUUUUAAAUAGUUCUGAAUCACAUGACUGCUUUAUAUUUUUACAUAACUCCUUGCAAAGGAAGAGGCAGCUUAAGCACAAGGGGAAAAUCUGACUUCUGGUUUAAGAUUCAUAUCAACAAGUAAUUAUACAGGAAACUGCAUGAUUGUUGCUACCAGCAACAUCGUGAAAAGAAUGUUGAAGUAAAGUGGAUUUGCAUUGUGCUGGUCUCAUGGACCUCCUUUUGUCAUUCCAAAUGUGUAUUAGCAGAAGCAAAUUUCUUUUCAUGCUUGGCAUAAUGUUGACUAUAAAGCGAAAAUUGUCUUGUGCAUUUGUUUCCAAAAUUGUGGUUGGUAUAAUGUUUAUAUGUGAUUCCCAAUUCCCUGUUUCAGAGUCAUUUAUUCAAAUUCUAAGGCAGAUGAAUUUAUUUAGUUAUUUUUAAUGAAUCUGCAUUCAGGUCCUAUAUAUCUUAAUUUUGUAAAUUAUUUUCUUUGAAAACUUCUUAAUUUGCUGACAUGUUGACACACCAGAAAGUGUCAUGCAAGAGAGAUGAUUCUUCACGUGUUGGACUUACCUAUCCGUUUUUAAAUCUUCAUUUACUGAUCUUAUAUGCAAUGUACUUGAGAAUGAUGGAACAUUAGUUCAGAUUUGUACAUGAAAAAUGAGAAACCUACAAAAAAAGGAAGUACAGGAGAAAACGGUGCAAAAAAACAAUAUGCAUCUGAAGCUCCCAGAACCACUGCUUCAUUAUUGCCGAAAGGAAAGAAAACAGUAGGGGUUGAGAAUUCUGAAUGGUUUUAACACAUUUUCAUUUAUUCCUUGUCUUUUUCAAUAUACCAGAUGAAGGUGUAGUUCAGAUUUCUAUCCGCAUUUCCAUAUUUGGCAGUAAGCACUACUUCAGAUCUAUGUUCAGAGGUUUUAUCUUUUUGACAAUUUUUUGCAUUUUAAAACAAUUGCUCAGAUUUUCUUUGUAAGUGUGUUUUAUAUGGCAGGUGCUCCGUUAUAAGAUAACAGUAGCAGUUAUGAAAGAAACAAAAACAGAAUAAUAGUCCCUAUAUUGCUUUCAGUUUUCAUCGUCAAAUG